AUGGCUGGAAGAUUCUCUGCUUCUCAUAUAUUUACAGGAGUGCUAUUAGCAACAGUGUUAUUACCAGAGUUUCUGCUGGCUGGCCCCGUGGCUCAGCGUCUGAAAGGAGAUGAUGGAAGUGAGGAGAGGGUAACUGAGCUUGCAUCACCUAAACGACUUAUCCGCAACAGGAGAAACAUUAGCUGGUACAAACAGCACUCUGAUUUCUGGAACUGGUACAAGUUCUUCUCUGACAAUGGUAACCAGGAGGCUCUUCAGGAGCUGGAUCGUGUCUACCUCGCGUACCUUCAGAACAAAAAUAGGGCAGAGGGCCGUCGCUCCCACAAACUCUACCUCCGUCACCUGAGUGAAAUAUACAAAUCCUGUGCUGAGUCUGAGGACCCAAACUGCGUGGCUUCAUACACCAGCAGGCCCAAACCUAAGGCAGAGCCACCCAAGCCUGCACCAGUCAAGGCCUGUGACCCUUAUAAGGAUCCAUACUGCCUCUAUUCCAUGGGAUAUGGCUACCCAUAUCUGGCACCUGCCCCUGUCAAGUCCCCUGCCCCACCUCCUCCACCUGCACCUGCUCCAGUCAAAGCUCCUGCCUACAUACACAGCCCCGUAGUGAAAGAUCCCCGUUCUGGCUACUACUACUAUGCCCCAAUGGUUCAGUCCUUCCUGACCUCAGAGCAGAAGGCGGAGCUCUUGCGUAUCUGUGAUGCUGAGGAUGUGGAGUGUCUGCAGUACCAUCUACGUGCUGCCUAUGGUUACAGACCAGCCUCUGGGUCUGUCCCAUCCUACGCCCAUCUCGGUUGCGAUCCCAAAACUGACCCGAAAUGCAUGCCCCAGCUGGUCCAGAAGACCCCCUCUGGCCUGUAUCUCCGCUACCCACACUGUGACCCUCGCGUCGACCCAUACUGUGCAUAUGCUGCUGCCCUACAGGCAGCCCAGAACACUGAAGCUCCUUCUCCCUCAGCCCCCCUAGAGCGACCCUGCAACCCUCUCUUUGAUGACAACUGCAAUCCUCUGACGGCAACCAAGUUUGCAAGCUUAGGCCUGGAGCCCGAGAGUCCCAAGGACGAGCCAGCUUCAGCUUCCGGUGCAUUGCGUGCUCCCGUUGACCCUUAUGCCAUGUACCGCGAUGCUGCCACAGCGGCCGCAAUGCUCAGGCACCGACCGACCCAACACCAGCUCCCACGCCAACAUUACCAGUCUCCCUACCAAGAGGAGAGUCGCCACCCGCUGGGACCUCGCGGGAAGACCAAGGAAGGCUAUGACUGUUUCAUCGGUUAUGAUGAGGAGUGUUUCCCUCUGAGAGGCCAGACCGAGCCGCGCUCAGCCACUUACAGGCAGACUCCCCAUGCUGCAGAAGCCUAUGAGCCCCAUCUCAAUGCUGAUGGCACCAGGAACGGUGUGAUCGAGCCUGAUCCUGACUGCGACCCAGAGUAUGACAGCAACUGCCGUCUGCGCCGCUACGAGCCAGAGGCUGAAGCGGCGGUCAACCAGGAGGAUCAGAGAGCCCGCCCUGCUGAGGAACGUCAAGAGGAACCGGCCCGGCACGUGGAAGCCCCUCAGCACCAGGAGCAGGCCUACCGUGAACAGCAGCAGCAGCAGCCAGAGGCACCCAGCUACGACCAGCAUCUUUAUGACCGUUACAUGAGUGGGCAGGAGGACCCCUAUGCUGGCUAUGGACCUCAGGAGCAACCCUCCAGCUUCCAGGAUAUGCUCAGAAGAUAUGGAGAUGUUUUUCCAAAUGACCACCGUGCCUACACAGGAGACUACAGGAAGAAGUGA